UCAACAGUAGGGAUUCGAAUUACACGUGAAACAUCUCGAAACAUCUGCAAUACCUGAUGGGAGUUGGUUCCACUUCGAAAGAAAGUGAGAGCGUUCAUCGACUUUCAGUUGAAAUUUGCAUCUACUACAUUUCAAUAAUCAAUCCACAACAAGGAAAAUUGAAAUGGAAACUUACUAUGCAGAUUUCUUAAAGAAAGAAGAUCACACCGGAAAGUGGCGAGUCUACUGGACGACUCUGAACGCGACCGGGCUGUAUUUUCAAUUGGGAAAAAUGGGGGCAGAACAUGAGAAUUUCCAACAGUUUGUCGAGAUUUCCCCUGGAUCAACGUGUGCUCUGGCAAAACGAAGAAUGUACAGCUUUCGAUUUAAGUUGGAGACCGAUGGAGUAACUUACACCUUCAAAUGUGAUUCGGUAUUCCAGAGAUAUCGCUGGAUGUACAUGAUAGAUUUGGUUGUGAACGGUCGACCACCAGAAGCACCACCAAACACUAUUCCUCGUCCAGUUGUCACUGACUCAAAGCAUAACAACACUAACUCCUUCGACGAGAAAGAUUCCUGCGAUCAAAAUAACGCGAAGCCGAAUAAUUUAAUCUUGAAAUCUUCCAGUUUCACUCAGACAUUUCAAACAUUCAAGCGAUUAGCGAGCUGGCGCAAGAAGAGGAAUAACAGUCUUCCGUCAGCAAGAUGUCUACGCAAGAUAGGAACGAUCUCAACAGGAAAAUAUGAAAAAUUAUCCAAUAUCCAUAGUAGCUUCGAUUUUGCUGAUACUAAGGAUUUAUUUGAUAAACAAAACACGGUAUGAUAUACGUGCGUCAGGCUAUGUGAGACGAGACGAAACGAGUCACGCAAUCAAUCUGAUUUGAAAUUGCGUGACGUUAAAUGUGGACGAGGUCCUGUAGGGAAAUGUUCACAAGUGGUUUUCGCCUCGAACAGGCUAAUAUCAUCGUGAAAGAUAAGGCAUUUUAGCACAGGAACAGUCAGACCGGUGUCAGACAGACGUGAGUCAAAGCUGAGACCAUUCAAGUAGGUACAACAAUUUAUGACAAAAACGAUCUUGGAAGUUCUCAUUCGAUUUUUAGACACCCCCUUCUUCCCAUAAAAUGUUUGAGUCCAACCGCGAAGGUCGAGGGGGAAAAUUCAACGAUAAAGCGAGAGUGUAAAGGGAGUGUGGCGAACACUGGUACAACUACGUAGGAGUUUUAACCCUUUAACUCCCAUGAGUGACCAAGAUAUUCUCCUGACAAUAUCAAUACAAUAUGAAGCAGAUAAGUGAU